AUGUGUGAGAAGAAUCAAACUGAAGUGACUGAAUUUCUAAUACUGGGAUUUGAAAGUUUUUCCCAUCUGAAAGUGCUGAUUUUCAUACUGGCCCUCCUUGUGUACAUUAUGAUAGUGAUAGGAAAUCUUCUGAUUGUCAUACUGGUGACAAGAUAUCAUGAACUCCAAAUUCCCAUGUUUUACUUCCUCAGGCAGUUGGCACUAGUGGACCUCAUGUUCACUGCCAACAUUGUACCCAACAUGCUAUAUAUUAUAUUGAUGGAUGGGGGCAAGAUUACUACAACGGGGUGCUUUAUACAAUACUAUGUUCACUGUAUUGCAAUUUACACACAAUCUGUAAUACUUUCUGUAAUGUCUUUUGACCGCUAUAUGGCUAUUUGCCAACCUUUGCGUUAUUCUUCUGUCAUGAACCCUAAAUUGUGUUUCCAUUUGGCUUUCUGGUCCUGGGCAGCUGGUUUUUUCAUUAUUCCAAGUGAAUUCCUCUUAAUAUUCCAAUUACAGUUUUGUGACUCAAAUGUCAUUGACCAUUUCUUUUGUGAUUUUGCCCCUUUUCUCAGGCUUUCUUCAUCCGAUACCAAUAUAAUACGAUGGCAAGAUUUCAUGAUCUCUGUCUUUCUCAUAUUUAUUCCAUUCCUAUUUGUUAUUUUGUCUUAUAUCUGUAUUUUCAUUACAAUUGUGAAAAUCUCUAGCUCUGCUGGACGGAAGAAGGCAUUCUCCACUUGUAGUUCCCAUCUCGCCACUGUCAGCACACAUUAUGGGGCUUUAGUUACAAUAUAUAUUUUUACAGCAAGAAAUAAUUCACUCCGUGAAAAAACAAAUGGAGGUCUCUAUUGUACACAGUUCUAA